GUAGAUGAUGUUUCGUAAUUAAAUUAAAGCACAUAUAAAUUUUUAAAGGAUGAAAGAAAUACAAAACUUAAUAUCACUCUAAUAAGUCUAAACUUAUUAAUUCUCCAAGAUUAUUAAACCCAAUAUCAAAUUAAUAAAUACUCUGUAGUACCAAGUUGUCAAUAAAAAUUUAAAUAUUUAAUUUAUGCCAUUAUUGAAAAAAGUCAAUGGUCCACUGUCAAAUGUCAAAUAAAUACCAAUAAUUCAAAUGAUAGCAGCCAUAAAAACACCCUCCACCACUCACACCUCAAACACCUCCAAAAUCCCAAACAAUUCCUCCCAAAAAUAAAAACAAAAAACAAUGAAAUUCCAUUUAAUUCUCUUUAAUUUCCUAAUAAUCAACCUUCUAACAUCUUCACCAUCUUCCUCUGCUCAAUCUCUCUCCACUUUCACCUCCUCAAACUCCCCAUGGCAACCAUCUCAGAACAAAACCCUUGUCUCCCCUCGCUCGGCUUUCGCAGCCGGUUUUCGACAUUUCCCGGGUUCUUCAAACCUGUACACAUUCUCGAUAUGGUAUAACAACAUAUCUGAUCAAACCAUAGUUUGGUCUGCCAACUGGGCUAUCCCUGUUCAAGCUUCGGCUUCCUUGAACAUCACUUCUAAUGGUCAGCUUCGGCUAACCAACGGCUCUUCUGGGCCCACAAUAUGGUCAACCCCAACUUCAGUGAGCUCCAACUCCACCGGAUUGAUUCUCACGGAUGAUGGGAAUUUGAUGCUUGGUUCUUGGCAGAGUUUUGAUCAUCCAACUGAUACUUUUCUUCCUAAUCAAACUUUUGGAAACGACACCGUUUUGGUUUCUAGAAAUGGGAAAUUUAGCUUUAACGGGUCAAGUUUGGUUUUUAACGGGUCGGAUUCGUAUUGGACUGCAGCUAAUUCGUUUGUGAGUUUUGGUGUUGAUGGGUUAGUCCAACAUAAUGGUGGGAAUCCGAUUAUUUUGGCGGAUUUCGGGCAGAAUCGAACCCGAAGACUUACCUUGGGUGAUGAUGGGAACCUUCGUUUCUUUAGUUUUGACCCGGAUAAGCACUCAUGGGCUAUUGUUUGGGUGGCUGUACUUGAGAUUUGUCGAAUACAUGGUUUAUGUGGGCCGGGUUAUAUUUGUUUUAGUAAUGGAUUAACGUUAUCGGGUUAUGAAUGCGUGUGCCCGCCGGGUUUUAGGCGGAGCACCGGGUCGGACUCGUGUGUGAGAAAGAAUCCGAUUAUUGAUAUGGGUAAAAGCAAGUUUUUAAGGCUUGAUUAUGUUAAUUACUCGGGCGGGUCGAAUCAAACUAGCAUAAAUACACUUAACUUGGCUAAUUGUAGGUCCAAGUGUAGGUUAAAUCAAAGAUGCCUCGGGUUCGGGUUUAAGUAUGAUAUGUUUGGCUAUUGUGUGCUCCAACUUGAUAGACUCUUAAACGGGUAUUGGUCUCCGGGUACGGAGAUGACCUUUUAUCUUAGAGUGGACUACUCAGAAACUGACCCAAGUAAUUUUACGGGUAUGUCGGAGGUACUAAAUACUACGUGCCCGAUCCAAUUUAGUUUGCCGGAUCCUUCUGCAGAGUCCGAUAGGACGACCCGAAACAUAAUAAUCAUAACCAUCUUAUUUACCACUGAAAUUGCUGGUGCAGGACUCUUGUUUUGGGCCUUCUUAAAGAGAUAUGUGAAGUAUCGAGAUAUGGCCCAAACACUUGGGCUUGGGCUAUUGCCCACAUCUGGGCCCAAAAGGUUUAGUUAUGCUGAAAUAAAAUUAGCAACAAAAGAUUUCUCUGAGGAAAACAUCAUAGGAAAAGGUGGCUUUAGUGAUGUAUACAUAGGAAAGUUGCAAGAUAGUCGUCCGGUGGCUGUUAAGUGCUUGAAAAAUGUCACUGGUGGUGACGCCGAGUUUUGGGGUGAGGUGACUAUCAUAGCGCGUAUGCACCACCUUAAUUUGGUUCGUUUAUGGGGCUUUUGUAACGAGAAGGGUCGUAGGAUUUUGGUCUAUGAACAUGUUCCUAAUGGAUCACUCGAUAAGUAUCUCUUUAGAUCAAGUCACAAUGUGUCUGAUGGUAUAGACACUACAAAUGAGACAGAAGCAAUGAUCGGUCUCAAACAAAAGCCGAUACUAGAUUGGAAUAUAAGGUAUAGGAUUGCUCUUGGAGUGGCAAGAGCAAUUGCUUACCUACAUGAAGAGUGUCUAGAAUGGGUCUUACAUUGCGAUAUCAAGCCAGAGAAUAUACUUUUAGGGGAUGAUUUUUGCCCCAAGGUUGCGGAUUUUGGGCUGUCUAAACUGAAGAAGAAGGAGCAGAUUGUAACCAAGUCAAGGAUUCGUGGCACACGAGGCUACCUAGCGCCUGAAUGGGUGAAGAAUGACUCAAUCACAUCUAAAGUUGAUGUGUUUAGUUUUGGCAUGGUACUUUUGGAAAUUGUGACUGGGGCAAGGAAUCUAAUUCAAGGACCUUCCGCUGUUGCAAGUGAAGAAUGGUAUUUGCCACAUUGGGCAUUUGAAAUGGCAAUCGAAGAAAGGAGGAUGGAGGAAAUUUUGGAUUGUCAAAUUAAACAUGCUUAUGAUGAUAAGGUGCACUUCAAAUUGAUCGACCGAAUGGUGAAGACAGCAAUGUGGUGUGUUCAAGAGAGGGCGGAGAUGAGACCAUCCAUGGGAAAGGUUGCUAAAAUGCUCGAAGGCACUGUGGAAAUCAUGGAACCACCAAAACCAACAAUUUUCUUCAUAGCAGGGGAUAAUUGAGCAAUGAAAAUAUGUAAAUAGUUAAAUACUCUUUCCAAAGAUAUUGUAAAAUCAUUAUUUUGUUGAAGCACAGCUUAAAUUGUUUGUUUGUAUUAUCUUAA